AUUACAUUUUACUGAACAUUCAUUUUUCGUUAGUGUAAAUAAACAAGAAAUAAGAGGUAGUGGACUAAAAACGCGUUCGUUUAUUUCACCUCAGUGUGCUAAACUUCCGCUUUCUUAACUGUGCUUCCCGUUAAUAGUACAUAUCUUGCACAAUGGAAAACGGCGAUAUCACUAAGUUCGACUUGAAACUGGUACACGAUAAAUUCUCCGCUGCCUUGAUUGAAGAUGAUGACAUAGAUAUAGAACUUUAUUUGGAAAGCUUUCAAGAACUGGACAAAUUCUUCAAUUUGGUUGGAAGCAUGUUUAGAUUUGUAAGCAAUGACCUCAAAGAAAAGAGCAAUCAUCUAAAGGAAUUAAAAUACAAAACUGUGAAAAUGAUGAUCCAGCACGAAAAAGAAAACAAUUUGUUAAACAAGAAGGGAUAUGUGUCUGGAAGUAGAACACUCUUGAGGAUACACAGGGGCUUAGAUUUUAUCCGAUUGUUUCUAAAGAAACUAAGUGAAUUGGAAGAUCAGGAAACCACAUCGAAGGCUUGCAAAGAGGCUUAUGAUCUCACUUUAACCCAUCAUCAUUCUUUUUUGGUUCGAACAAGUGCUCAUCUUGCAAUGUACACUUUGCCGACUAGAGGAGAGCUACUGCAGAGAGUAUGUGGAAAAGAAGAAGAUGUUAAACAAACUUUGGAGAUAUUGCCCAACACUUUGAUAGCUACUAGCGUUGUUUAUACUCGGAUUGAUACUCUGUACAGCCUCCAUGAUUUGCACAAUUUGCCGUGAAAGGUUGAGCUUGGUAAAAUAUAAUAUUUGAGUAUUAGUUAGUUUCCUGUCUUUACAUAGUUAUUACAUAAAUUACAAAAAGGAACUAACCAAAAUACCAAAAAAUAGUCAAAGUUAUUAUUUUAGUAUACAUUUAUUGGAGGUAGGACAUUCCUCUAUUGUCCAUUCCACUGUGUCAUCCAUGACAGUCAGUCAUCCCAAGCCCAAGCCAUCAGACGUUGUGGAAAA